UCCAUUUUGCUGUUGGGUUUCAGGGCUUAGGGCUUUGGGUGUGUGUGUGGUGGGGUGUGUGUCUGUGUCUGUGUUGGUGAUGGUGUUGCUUAGAUCGCGUUGUUUCGUCACGAGCAGCAUGGUCUCGGGGUCCUCAUGCUCUGCCUUGUCCGUUUGUGAUCAAAAGGUCCUCUGAGUUGUGGGCUGCGAUGUGUUGGGUUUUGUGGCGGUCGUGGGAUUCUUGUUCCGAAGGUUGGUUUUGGGUUUCCUAUUGAAUGUGCGUGCGUGGUCUUUCUUUCAGGGUUAGGUUGGAAGUCAUGUCCGGCUUCGCACAGAGAAUUCGAUACGCUGUGUCGCGGAUUUCCGCAGUGGAACAGUAUAGUUUGAGUUCCUUGCCAGUUUUGGAGAGGUCUCUUGUGCCUGUUCUUUCAGUAGCGAGCACAUUUUACACAUUCGGCAUUCUUGUGCGACAGCUUCUUUACCAGCUCGGAAUCUUUGGUCGAACUAGACUCCCCAUACCCGUAAUUAGUGUCGGGAACGUCACAUGGGGCGGCACUGGAAAGACUCCUAUGGUGGAGUACCUGGCUCGUCACUACCUCGCCGCCUGCGUUUCUCCGCUCAUCCUCAGUCGGGGUUACAGAGGGGGUGAUGAAGUGCAUCUUCUUCAAAAGCACCUCCAAGAUACUCCUACAAGGUUUGGCGUUGGCUCUAACCGGACAAAGGUAGCACUUUCCAUUCUCCGACAUGAAGCUGAGCAAAGAAGCAACGGGCUCGCAUCAAUCAUUGGGUGGAAAGCAGAGAUUGGCGUCGCUAUCCUCGACGAUGGGAUGCAGCACUGGGCACUGGAACGUGAUCUGGAGAUUGUGAUGAUCAACUCUCUGACUUUGUGGGGCAAUGAGAGGCUUGUACCUAGGGGACCAAUGCGAGAAUCACUUGAAGCAAUCGAGCGAGCACAUGUGGUAGUUCUUCACCAUGCUAAUUUGGUGCUCGAUGACCAGCUGAAAUCCAUAAGGGAGACAAUAGAUCCCUUCUUGAGAAAGGGUUCCAUCGUGCUAAGCAGUCACAUGCGCCCACUUUGCAUCUAUAGGUAUACGAAGUCUAGUUACUUACCAUCAGAGUUACCUUUAUUGGAAGUCAAGGGCGCUGUAACCCUUUGUGUGUCAGCAGUUGGGUGUCCUGAAUCCCUCGAUCUUAUCCUUUUACAGGUAGGAGCUUCUCAUGUUGAGCGGUUGGAUUUUGUUGAUCACCACAAGUUUAAGAACGAGGACUUGAAAGGAAUUGCAGAGGUGUUUAAGCAGCUGCAACUGAGAUUUCCACACCAGAGGGUGAUGCUUGUUACAACUGAGAAGGACUAUAUGCGGGAUCCAGCUGUAAUGAUCGAGCUCGGAAAUCUGGGAGAAGGCAUUUUUGUACUGCACUCAGCUUUGGAGAUAGUAGGCUGCCAUGGCAAUGACCAAUCUUUUAGAGAACUUCUGGGUUCUGUUUACCGCCAGCAGAACUCGAAACGGAUGAGACUAACCUCUUGAAUUUAUCUGAUCGCUUGAUGAUAUUAGCCGUUCCUGACGUCCUUCACAAGUGUCUAGACGCCGACUAGUAUUGUUGGGGAGGUAUUUUUUGCGAGCAUUCUAUGUUGAACGAAUGUAGCAGCAAAAUGUCGGUUUUGAACCGCUGAUUUGAUGAGAAAAGAGACCCUCUGCAGUGGAAUGUCAUGACGUUUACGUCAUUUGUUUACAUGCGAUGUCUUGAUAGUUCUAAAUCACUUUGCGCUUUAUUGUACGUCAGCGAAUACAAUGUGGAAAUGUGAUCAAUGUGACCUAUGCAUGCUGUGGCCGAUGUUUCCCAUUUUGGUGGGAAAUAUUUAUUUCUUACGAUUACUCUUUUAUAUAAAGGUUGUCAUUUUGCUAGUUUUCUGACACUGGAUCAGGAAACCUGUGGGA